UCUGUUUAAAAACAGGACGUACGCAGCUUAACCGCGGCUUCCGCUUCCGGCUUGACAGGGAAGAAGGCAAUAGAAGGCAAUGAACACACAUUGAAGAAUCCCUACACCACUUAUGUUGAACUUUUCAAGGGAACGUAUUCUUUUUUGCUAGCUGGUUAAGUAAAUUCUCAUAGCUGAGAUGUUGUUAAAACACAAGCCCGGUGCAGUGGUUUGGGCUCUAGCUUUUUGUGCUUUGCUCGCGUUUGCUCCUGAAGGUAAAGCACAGAAUACCACAGAGCAGUGGGGCCAAGAGCAACAACGCAACAAGACCGCACUUCCUUUACAACUUCUCGCAAGACUGCCAGUGCGCCGUGACGUCAUUGUCAGGGAGGGCUCCAGUGCUGUGAUCUCAUGUGAUGUUGCUGAAAGUCAGGAUGCAGAUAUUGUUUGGUACAACUCCAAGGGACACGUGCUGGAGGAAGCUGAAGGAGGAGGAGGAAAGUGGCAGGUUUUGGACAGGGGAGUGUUGAACAUCACUGCGGUUGCUUUUGAAGACCGAGGCCGCUACACCUGCAUAGUGCACCGCUCCUCCGGGAACUCAGAUUACACCAUCACUCUGCGUGUAAUCUCCACCCACGGCGACAUGGGGCUGUACUACGUGAUCGUGUGCCUGAUCGCCUUCACCAUUGUGAUGGUCCUCAACAUCACCCGCCUGUGCAUGAUCAGCAGCCACCUGCGCAAGACCGAGCAGGCCAUCAACGACUUCUUCCGGACCGAGGGGGCCGAGAAGCUGCAGAAGGCCUUCGAGAUUGCCAAGCGCAUCCCCAUCAUCACCUCAGCCAAAACGCUGGAGCUGGCCAAGGUGACCCAGUACAAGACCAUGGAGUUCGCCCGGCACAUGGAAGACCUGGCUCGGAGCAUCCCACUGCCUCCACUCAUCCUCAACUGCAGGGCUUUCGUGGAGGAGAUCUUCGAAGCCGUGCGCAUAGACGACCCGCUGCACCCGUGGCAGGCGGGUCGAGGGGGCCGGGCCAUCGGGGGCUGUCCAGAUGGGGUCUUCACCAUCGAGUCUGGAGAGGAUGCUGUCCCCCCUCAGCAGGGUCAGGAAAUAGCAGUGCAGGCAUCCGUCCAUCCUGCAUCGCACAGCCAGCGAGACAUGGACACGGUUUCCAGCAGCAGCUGUCAUUCAGAGCAAGACGAAUCGACUGCUGUCAUGUUGGACCCAAGCGAGCAGAAACAUGUGGUUUAUUAACUUCCCCUACAGCACAGUGUAGCAUUCUUCUUCUCUCCCAUCUGCUUUUAUAUAUGCAGGCUGUAAACUGGUCCAUUCUCCACUCACUUGGCCGGCAUACCCAGCCAUUAGGUUUGCUGUGCUGUGAGCAGUUAAAAAGAGAGAUAAAAAAAAAAACACACAAUCAGAGUGAUGUGUAUAUUUCUAGUUUCUGUAUCUAUUUAUUAAUUCUUACUGCUGUUUUCCAAGAUAAUGAAAUGCAAUACCCACUAGAUGGUGAUGUUGUACACAUUUUAUGGUUUACUGUAGAGACUCAUUUCAGUACUACCAGCUGUUGCAACUAAUAUAACAGUGUGACAGGAAAUGAAAGGGGUAAGUAGUGGAGAUUUAGUUUUAGUCGUUCUCAGAAAUGAAGAUACAUAAUGUGUUUUCCAGUAAUGAAACCAUGCAAACGGUGCUCACUCUUUACAUUGCUAUCUGUGUCUGUAGAACUUGUCAGCUGGUAGUCUACCGUGAACAAGAUAGCAAAGUAAGAUGUGCUGGAAUGCAUCCUUGAAUGAUGCAAUAGAAAGGCAGAGCUGUAUUUCCAGUAGUAAAAGCAUUCUUGGUGCAAUAGCAAGGCAGAUCUGUAUUUCCAGUAGUAUUUAGGCUCCUACUGAAAUCUCUUUACCCUGCCUUUUGGAAGCACUUCCAGAAGGAGGCUUUUUUGACCAAACUGAACACCUCUUAAACAAAGUGAUCUGACUGCCCUUCUGUCCUCUGGGCUCUGCGUGAUUUAAAGCCAGACUCUGCGCAGUGCUAAGCUGACAUCCUUUUUGAUUUAACCAGCUGUGAUGAAGUGUGUGUGCUUUUAAUUCUCCAGAUGGUGGUUUAAAUUCCUUUCGCAAUGCCUGCGAUGAGACGUUGCAGCAGUGAAAUCCUCCAACGUUACGUGAAGCGUUCCGCUCAGGUUUUGGAGUCGGUUCACGAACAAAGACGUAACCGUGCAGUGGGAACACCUGUAAUGUGUAAACACUCUUUUGGGGUAUUUCGUUGGACUUUGUGCCAACCCUGAUCUAAAUUGUUCAAUUGAACCCAUUUAACCCUCCGUCCAGACCCUGAAGUUGUUCAUUAAAUCAUUUUACCUGUUACGCCUGCAGUGGAAUGGUCCUCCAGAUCCGGGAUCGGACAGCCUUAUAGGGUUUCAUGAUAGGAAUUGCAAUAGAAUUAUUAUUAUUAUUUUUUUUUAAUCCCUUAUAAAACUUCACAAUUUCUGUAAAUGCCAGGGAGGUGCAGACAGCAGCACAGAUCCUGAGCCUCUUCUAAACUCCAUUGAAUAGCUGUAAAAGACUCUGUCAUUUUAAUAAGGAAGCCCUUUUACAGGGAUCACAAUAAUUGGGCAACUGUCAGCCAUGUGGAAAGAACAACAAAGAAACAAGCUCAGAACCGAUUUCCUUGUCGGAUAAAACUGCUGCCUGUAUCAGGGACUCUUCUAAAGGUGUGUUUUUAAAGGUAAAGGUGUGUCAUCCUAUCAAUUGUAUUAUUAUCAUUAGUAUUUCACAACUGUUCGUUCUGGCUGAAACACUUCUGCAAACACAUAUUUGAAAAAAUUCUGUGUUUCAAGAUGAAGUUGGUUCAUCAGGAACAGACUGAAGGUCAUUAAACUUGUGUAGAGCGAACUAGA